CCGUUUCUGUUUUCUGUUUUCUCUCACUAAAAGGUCAGAGGUGAAAUGGACAUUGCGGUUUUAGAGAGAGAGAGCGAACUCAGAAAACCAAAAAAAAAAUACAGAAAAGAAGAAGAAAACGGAUAUUUUUAGUCUUAGGGAUUUAUUUAUUUUUCUUUUUAAAGCUAGCAAAAAAGGAACAAAGGGUGAAUUGGGUAUAUUUCUAGUGAGAGAGAAGAAAAACGAAAAGGGAAGAAGAGGAAGGAUCUCUCUCUCUCUCUCUAUUUUUCAGCUGUUUAUGUGGAAUAAGCAGAAGAAAAGGAAGAGGAGGAAGACGGCCUAAUAGUAUAAAAUAAGAUAAACAUUACGAUCAUCAAACCCUAGUUAGGGCUUGCUGCUUUAGAAUUGAGUUGUCUUGUUCUGAAUCCAUUUCAAUUUUCUUUGUCGAUUUUGAAGUUCAUCCUCCCAAGAAACUGAAGAAAAGAGUUGGAUAAACGCCCCAGUUUCUCUUCUUAGCGUAGACUGGGUUAUCGAAAUGGUCGUAUUGAAUCGGAAUGGUGUGGAUUUAGUUAGUUGCUCCAUUGCACUUUGCGAAUGGCAUCCUUUUGGAUAGCAAAGGUGGUUAGGGCUUAAAAGCCCUUCUCGUGCCAGGAAGCUGGUGUUUUGAUAUAUCUUCCAGUUGUGGCACCAUCAUUACCACAAUUAUUUUGUUUUUGACAUAAGAUUUCUAGACUUCUCCGAAUUACCCAUGUUUGGGAAGGAGCUUCCUCUCUCAAAGUUUUCAACUUCUGAGUACGAUCCAGACAUGGGUUGUUGUAGCUGCUUUGGUUUCUUGAGGAAGCCCUAUGAUAAGUCAGUGAAGCCUGCACAUGGAUUUGGUAAUCAUUUCUCUCAAGAAUAUUUGUUGACAGAUGAUCUGGAGGAUGUUGAUGGUGUUUCUUAUAAAGUAGGGGCUGACUUUUUCCACGCAAGUGCCAGUGGCUUGCGGCGGUGUAAUAAUAACUCCGAAGAGACUUCCAUAUUUGCUUUGCCAGAUGGAAUAAUAUGUAGGGAAACUCCUGUCAAGGCGACUCACCAUGUUACUCGUGCAGAGGAUGAUAAUGGAAAUAAGAUGAUUAAUGAAUAUGUUCGGGAGUUUAAGAUUGGUUCUGGCAGUUAUGGUAAAGUGGUGUUGUAUCAAAGUAGUAUUGAUGGAAAGCGGUAUGCUAUCAAGGCUUUCCACAAGUCUCGAUUAUCAAAAUUGCGUGUAGCCCCUUCUGAAACUGCCAUGACGGAUGUUCUUAGGGAGGUAUUAAUCAUGAAAAUGCUGGGCCAUCCUAACAUUGUUAAUCUUAUUGAGGUCAUUGAUGACCCAGACACAGAUUACUUCUACAUGGUUCUCGAGUAUGUGGAAGGCAAGUGGAUAUGUGAGGGAUCUGGUCCACCUGGUGGAAUUGGGGAGACUACUUCAAGAAGAUAUUUCCGGGAUGUAGUUGCGGGGCUCAUGUAUCUGCAUGCCCAUAAUAUUGUGCAUGGGGACAUUAAACCUGAAAACCUCUUGGUCACAAGUAAUGGCAGGGUGAAGAUUUGUGACUUCAGUGUUAGUCGCAUCUUUGAGGAUGACAAUGACGAGCUAAGAAGAUCUCCAGGAACACCUGUCUUUACUGCACCCGAAUGCUGCUUAGGCUUGACAUACCAUGGCAAAGCUGCUGAUGUAUGGGCUCUUGGUGUCACAUUGUAUUGUAUGACAUUUGGGUGCUAUCCUUUCCUUGGAGACACUUUACAAGAUACAUAUGAUAGGAUUGUCAAUAAUCCAUUGCAUCUACCGGAGGAUAUGGAUCCUGAGCUUAAAGACUUACUUGAAGGAUUGCUCUGCAAAGACCCAAAGCAAAGAUUUACUUUAGAUGCCAUAGUGGAGCAUCCCUGGGUGGUUAGAGGAUACGGCCCAAUUCCUCGAGAUUCUUGUAGGUGCCAGCGUGGUAGCCAGCACAAGGAUGUCCCCAGCCAAGCUGAGCCAGAUCCCAAUGCAACCACAGAUUCUACUAAACAAGCAUAACCGUUUAUUUCGAGAGGUUUAAUACUUUUCCCAUUUCCUUUUCUUUCUUAUUUGUAGAAGUGAGCAAAUGGGGGUGUUUUUUAGAUGUGGGGUGUAAGUUGUUGUUAUAUUUGAAUCUGCUUGUGAGGCUUGGUUAUUCCUUUUGAGACUUUUUGAGUCACAUUAAUGUUAUAAGUGGAUGAAAGUGGUUUUAAGUAAAAGAAAAAUGUAUAGUCUCUAGAAAGAUAAAAGUUUCUUCAGUCAAAGAUGUGGUUGGUUGUUCAGUUC